AUGGACACGGAGAAAUACUACUUGCAACGCAAGCAUUUGAUCAACGAAGACAGGGCUCUUCGGGUCGAUGCUGCCAGACUUGAUAGCCUCAAACUCACGGCCACUGAAGCAAAAGCAGAAGCUGUCGUGCGCGCGAUACGAAUUGCGGAAGCCGCUUCAAUAUGGGAUGGGGACGGGUCUAUCUUGAACUACGAUCCCUUGGACAGCACGCCAAACGUCUUUCCUGGCAUGGCGUUUCUGACGGGUGAGCGCAUUGAAUGUCAUACAGUUUCACACUCGCCUCUAUAUCAAGCUCGUGAGACCGUAACGAAGACAGAGCUGUUCAGAAUUCUGAAAAAGAUGCCCAAAGGUGGUCUGCUUCAUGCGCACUUGGAUGCGAUGGUGAACAUCGAUGUGCUCAUCAGGCUGGCUCUCGCCCAACCUGCCAUGCACGUCCGAGUACCUACUCGCCUGACGGCAAGUAACAUCAAGGCCACGUUGCCCCAAUUCAAGGCUCUCCCGCCAGCUUCAUCAUCAGCGCUGUCCUCCUUGACGAGCCCGACUUACGGAGGCGGUGAAUGGGUACCGCUGCAUCUCGCUAGGGAGACAUUUGAUGAGAGUCUUGGCGGUCCUGGUGGAUUUGACAGUUGGGUAAAGAGGACAUUGACGAUCAACCCGUCCGAGGCGUAUGGCACCCAUAAUACGCCCACGAAGAUCUGGGCAAAAUUCACCAGCACGUUCCUCAUUAGCCAUCACCUCGUAUACUAUAUUCCUAUAUGGGAGCAAUACAUCAGAGAGUUCAUCCUCUCGUCAGUUGAGGACGGGAUCUCGUAUGUAGAGGCUCGUAUAAACUUCCUUGCCAAAUACAUGACGGGUCGGGAUGGACUAGAAAACGUGCCGCAUAGGGAGUGGCUCCUUAGUAUUGACCGGGUGAUCAACGAGGUCAAGGCCGAACUGGCAAAGCAAGGUCGGCAGGAUGAAUUCGUUGGCCUAAAGAUCAUCUAUACGACAAUCCGGUUCAUCUCCCCGGAAGAGUUGGAAUGGUACACAGAAGACGCACUGGCGCUGAAACAAGAGUUCCCACACUUGAUCGCAGGUUUCGAUCUUGUCGGACACGAGGACACGCUAAAGCCCCUCAUUGACUACAUCGAACCUCUGACGAAGCUCAUGCGCCGUCGGGAAGAGCUAGGUGUCGAUUUGCCCUUCAUCUUUCAUGCCGGCGAGACCCUUGGAGACGGGAAUGCACCAGACAUGAAUCUGUAUGAUGCAAUCCUGCUUGGAACGAAGCGCAUUGGACAUGGGUAUUCUCUUGUCAAGCACCCCAAACUCAUGGAGAUAUGCCGCGAGAAAGGCAUCGCCGUUGAAGUCUGUCCUAUCUCGUAUGUGCGCCUGACAUCGUCGAUGCCAGCACAUCCGCUCCCAAUCCUGGUGAACCAUGGAAUUCACGUCUCGCUCUGUUCGGACGAUCCCGCCGUAUUCGGAAACAUGGGCUUGACCUUCGACUUCUAUCAAGUCCUCAUGGCUAGCGAGGUGACUGGGCUGCUGACACUCGGCGAGUUUGCACGAGACAGUAUUAAGUAUUCUACGUUGGAAGACGACGAGAAGGCACAUGCGCUCGGUCUCUGGGAAAAGCGGUGGCUCGACUUCCUCGAGUGGGUCGGGCACACAGGUGGCAAUUGA